AAGCAACUUGUUUGUUUUGUCGUUUGUGGUUGCAUCCGGAACUGCUCAGUUGCUCCUUCCCAAAUUACAAAGAAACAAGUCAAGUUUUGUGUGUUAAUGAUGAUGGGUGCUUUACAGACGAAAUUGGGAUGUUUUCGCACAGACAUUUCAUUCAGAUUUGAGGAAGAGUUGUAACUUUCACCUUUAAAAAUGCCUUCCCUAAGAAAAAAGGUGUCAAGUUUUAUUCGUCAGCUGUCUGUCGCCAAUCCACAAAGGGAAAGUGCAAUUUCUGAUGGAAGGAGUCAAAGAAGUACAUCAGAUGCCCAAAAUGGUUGUUUCAUCCAACGUUACCUCAGCGGACAAGAUGUACGGCGAAUGGCUCCUACCAUUUUACAUGGGCGCAACCCCCAUGAACUACCGCCCAAGGCUUUGGGUGAGCCAGCUUCAGGACCAGACUCCAUAGUCGCUGCUCUGACUGGACCUGAUGGAGGCUUAACUUCUGUCAACCGUAAGCAGCGACACAUUACUACCAGCGACCCAGAUGUGGAUUUCAUUGAUAUUCUGGAUCACCCUGAUGGUGAGAAGCCUCCAGUGGCUUCAUCUGAGUGUGUCUUCAGUCCUGGCUAUGGGAGAUGGUUCAGUGUAAGACCUGCAGAUGGCAGCUACCCUAUUGACAACACUGUGAUGAAAAUAAGAGCUGCAGGGACUGUCUUCACUAUAGGGACUAAAUCUGUCCAUACAAGUAUGACAGAUUUACACAUCUCAGAGAGAGAGGAAGAAAAACUAGAUGAUUCUAGCUUCACCAAGAAUGAAAACUCUAUCACUAAAGUUCAAAUUAAGGACACUAGUUUGACGGAAAGCAAAAAUGUUCAUCAUGCAGAUACCUCAGAAGAUUCAAAAGUGGAUAGGAAACAGUUGCAAAACUUUUCUAAAGAAGGAGAAGAAAUUAUCCACAGUCAUAGAAUUCCUGGAUCAACAAGUAUGGAAGAUUCAGGCAUUGACUGUUCUCCUGUAACUGAGGACUAUGUUAUACCGCCACCUGCGGACUUUGCUGGAACCUUAAGCCGAGAGGAAUCUCAAGAGGAAGGAUUUCUACCCAUACGUAAAUCAAAGAGUGCUCCAAACCCUUUUAAAAAAAAUAGGGGGAAUAAAAAACUUGGCCAAAAGUUUCCUUGUGAUAUUAGGAGACCAACAUGUGAGGAUGCAACAACAACCACUGAAACACCCAGCUCUUUUGUGAAAACUGAAGAGAUAGCAGGGGUUCGUGAUUGGUCUAUACCCCACAGAAAAGCAUAUGGAGCAGCAACUACAUUAUAUGAACUUCAUCCUCUGACUGGCGAAAAUGCUGGGAAUCCAAUUGCUGAUUGUUUUGCCAUUGUUGCACGGAAAGACUCAGCUGUAAUGGCUCUUGCUGAUGGUGUAAACUGGGGUCAGAAGGCUUGUGUUGCAGCACGUUCUGCAGUUCAUGGCUGCGUUGAGUAUCUGAACAAAGCCAUAUUUAGCAGUGCAGCUCCAUCCAAACCUACAAGCACAACUGAGGUAUUUGUUGCCCUGUUUCGGUCUUUCCAUGCUGCUCACAGCCUUAUUCUUCAAGAGGAAGGCAUGCUAACAACACUGACUGCUGCACUUGUUCUACCUUUAGCUGUACCUGGAAAAUAUGUUGCAUGUGUUUGUAAUGUAGGUGAUAGUUUAGCUUAUGUUUAUAAUCCUCAUCAUGGUGUCAGAGAGAUUACUCAAGGUUCGCAUGAUAUCCACUUGAUGCGUGAUAUGAGGGAUGCCUUGGGUGCACUUGGCCCUGUUGCUGGCAGUAACCCUGAGCUUAACAAUCUUACAUGUUCAAUGACAGAAGUUCAAGAAGGUGACAUAGUCUUUCUUACCUCUGAUGGUAUCUCUGAUAAUUUUGAUCCAGUUGUUGGAAAAUUUGCUGUGCUUCCUCCGGAUGACGACAAGAAUGACAGGCCCAUGGGAUCCACAAGUUCUAAACAUGGCCAAAGACCAGGAAACAUUCGUCCAAGGACCUCCAGUGCUGGUCAUACGUCUAAAAGCCAUUCACGAGCAUCAUCUACAUUGAAUUCUGAUGGCCUUCCCACAGUUCAAGCAUAUCAGCGUCAUGAACUUACCCUUUUGCGGAUGGAGGAUCUUUUAAAACUUGGUGUUUCUGGACAAGGGCCCCCUAUCCAAGAUGCCCGUGAGCUGUGUGACUUGUUACUAGAUUUUGCUACAAGAAUUACUGCUGCCAAACGCCAUAUACUUGAGGAUCCCGAUUUGUACUGCAGUGUUGGUGAAAAUAAUUCCUUGUUAGAACUGAGCAAAAUGGAGCAGCGAGCACGCCGAAGGAAAGUCUGUGAUAAAAUAGCCAUGGUGCCUGGAAAGCUUGAUCAUGCCACUGUUGUUGCAUACCAAGUAGGAGUUUAUACCUCAAGUACUUCUAGUGGUUCAUGUUUGACCCCUUUACAGGAGACAGGAUUGUAACAGUAGGCAUUUCUUGCACCCAUCAUGUAAAAUAUUGUGGCUUAACCUGAUAAUCCAUUUCUGGCAGUACAGUACUGUAAUGAAGCCUCUUAGAUUAACUUAUCUAAACCUCUUUUAAAUUCUUCAACCUAUGUAUUUUUCUGACCAAGUCAGAUGCACUACCAUUCUUAAUUUUACAAAUAGUAUUUUUAUUAUAUCUCUGAAAAAUUUGGGUUUUGACAACAUGCUGAGCAAGAAACUGCAGAAAAGUUUUGUUGCUAGAUGUGAAAAUUCAUUUAAUAUUGCUUAAGCUUAUGCAAAUACACAAGAAUGUUAUGCAGAUAAGUCACUGCAUUUUGGGUAUUGUAUUCCGUCUUUAACAAUGCUUUGAUUUUGUGCCUUUGUGCCUCAUUAUCUACAAAGAAGAUUAUAUAUUUUGGGGGAGUGAUUUAUUAAUUGUUAUUUUAAUGUCUGUGAUCAAGAAAAUUUUAUCCUGUUUAUCCAUAACUAAAUGCUUGGUUUGAACUAUGAAAUGAAAUGAAUGUCUUUUAAAAUGACAGACUAGUUUAGUUGUUGGUAAUUUUUAUUUAAUGUGCCAUCUUUCAAUGGCAAAAUCCUAACUGCACUACAGAAGUAAGCAGGAUAUAUUGUAUAGGCUUGUGGUGAAGUACCCUUCAAAAACCAAUACCAUAUGUAUUCACAUUCCAAUCAACUUGUGGUUUUGUAGUCCUUUUCUAAAGAAGGUCCUGUUUUCUUUAUUUAUGCUUUGGAGUUUAAUGAGAAAACUCAACUCUCAAAUUCAAAAUGCUUACCUCAGACCUUUCUAUUUUGUUAGGAAAAUAUAUGUACUGUGUAAUUAGAGAGUUGAGAAGGGGAAAUAUUUUUAGAAAGUUUUGCAAUGAUUGGAACAAACUCCGCAUAAGGCAGCUAUACCACGUCAGCUUUUAUAUUCUAAAAUACUGAAAGUACACCUUUUAAAGGAAUUCCUAGAUUUCUUGUUUAUGACAUUUUAUGUUGAGGGAAUGAAAAGUGUUGUGUGUGCAUUGGUGUUCAGAAUAUUUUUGUGUACUUGUUAUACACUGCCCUUAUUUGUUGUAAUUUUAGACGUAUAUAAUUUAUUGUAUCUUUAUUCUACUCUAUGGCCAUAGAUUGAAAGUAGUACUACUUGAGACCACCGUCAUUGAGGCAGAAUUGGUUGUAAGUUUCAGUACAGUAUUUUUCAAAAUUUGAUUGUGCUUUGCUGGUUGACUUGACAAUUCUUGGAAAAAUGUUUGGAUAAGAUUUACUCACACCCCCUAAUAUUUUAGCAAUUUGGUGUUUACAUUUAGAUAUAUUGCAAGCUUCCUGUGCUGAUGUGAGCUUAUAAAAAGAAUCCAAUGCUUCAAUUUUUCAUAGAAAAGCUUUGACUUUUGCUCAACUCUAGGGUCCAUUAUGUAAUUCUCCAAAUCAUUAAACCCUGUGAGAGAAAAACUAAAAUUUUCCCUCCUGGUGUAUUAUCUUUCAAUGUGAUUUUUCUUAUACCUAUCAGUAGUUUUUUUGCCAUUGUGAUACAUAUUUGUCUGCCAUGGAACAUCUAGGGAAGUUGCAGUUCUUUAGAUUUGUUGCAUUUUGAAUAGUGUGCCAUGGUUUGUAGGAUAGGCCUGUGGUCAAGAAGAGAAAACUAUUCAAUAAAAAGUAUGUGUAUUUUAGAUACUCCUUAUCCCAAUUGUGGUAGUUUGAUUGUUGUCAUUCCUUGGAAAAUGUAUUUUCUUAACAUUUAUGGGUGUCACUAGAUUUUGUCAUCUUGUCCUCACUUAAUAUUCAUAAACAUUAGAUUUACUUGUCAUAUUCUUUCAUUUUCAUGACAAGUGGACUUCAGUCUUAAUGAAGAGUCAAUGCACAGUAAUUUUUGUCUGCGGCCUGUGCUUACUGUUUCAGGUACUGUUGGCACUCUUACAUGUCUAGCCAUUACUGAUAAGUUAUCAUUGAAUCUGUAGCCAUAUGCUGUAUUUUAUUCUCUUUUAUCUCAUUUAUUAUUCUACAUCACAUUACUAUUAUAAGUUUACUUUCAAAUUAUGCGUUUGUAAGAACCCACCUGGUGUAGGAUUCCUAAUUGUGUCCUUUUAUUUCAGAGAGAUAUUGAUAAUAGGAAGCCUGAUGUAAUUAGUUUUCUGGUUACACUAACUAACUAGAGUGUGCCAAAACAUUUUUUUCUCAGAAUAGCUAAUGAAUCAUUGCAUACUUGUCCCGGUGAAAUUUAAUCAGUUCAUUUAUUUAUUCAUGGACCUUGCGAGAGUGGUGGUUUCCUCCUCUCAGUUAAACAUAAACACCUAGAAUUAAAUACAUGUUAGAGUGGUUGGUCUAUUUUAACAUAACAUUCCAUGUACACCAUACACUGUAAAAAUAAUUGUAUUUAUUUUUUUCUUGAACCAUGUCUGUUCUGUUACCAAGCAAAGCAUUCAAAUGCAUUCUAAUGUUCGAAGAAUUUUUUAAUGUAAUUUAGUUUUGUUAUAAUGAAGAAGAGCUUAGGCUCUGUAUAACUGUACUUGGACUUUAAAACCAAAACAAUAAAAAAAGCAAUCUAAAGAA